UUCAGCCAUGCUUCUCCUACAGUUUCAAGAACAUGUGCCGGCGAUGAGACUCCUACUCCCAUUUCUAGCCCUAAAUGAAGAUUUUUUUUGUCUGCAGGAGUGAGCCUCUUGCAAACCCAGAGGGGAUAUGUGGUUAGCCGUCUGGCUGUAAACAACCCCCACACCAGUUGAGAGGGCAGGAAAUGAAAUACUGGUACCCAUAAUCUCUCCAGCACUCUCAACAGAAGUGAGCUCCUCUUCUCAGGAGGUUUUCAGGAGUUUCCCAGUGCAUAAGAGAUGUGAUGGAGGAUCCCCAGAAACGUAGUUCUGGAGCAGAGGACCCAUUCUUGUUGAGAUCCUACAGGUGGCAAACAGUUCUACAGAAUGGGGAGAAGGAGACAGAGCUGGGUCCCAAUCCCCACGGGUCAGAGAGCGGUCGGCGCAGGGGCAAACUGCAGAAGUGGAAGCGAGCGCAAAGCGUGCCAGAGAGUGAACUUCCUCAGCCCAGCCAUGAACAGCCACCUCCGACAGCCUCUCAAGACAGCAGAGCUGCCACUAAGAGGUCUGUGUUCCAAAGAGCUUUCAGCACUCCUGCCAAGAUGCCCAAGGCCCACGAGGGAAGCAGUAAGUUGAGUCUAAGGAAGUAUCUACGCUCCAUGUCCCACAGGAAGAACCAGGAGAGGGCUGCCCGGUCAGAACAAGAAACCCUGGAAGUAACCAAAGGUGGUGAUUCUGCUGCUCAGCUGACACGACUGACUCCAGGUGUGACUCCAGGUGCGGCUCCAGGUGCAACCCCUGAUGCUCACAUCUGGGAUGUUUCCAGCGUGUCUCUGCUGGAUCGACAGCUGGUGGUCCUGAGCAGAGAGGAAGAGGGUCUGCUCCAACAUCGGAAACGGACUGGGAGCUGCGUUUCAGAGAUGAGUUUACUCUAUCCAUCAGGUAGCCUGAGGGACGGUGAAAUGACCAUUGAGGGACGAAACUUUGUAGACUCUCAGACUCCUGAAAAAAGGCCCUUCCAGGAGGCAUCCUCUGGGAAGCAGCUGAGCAAUGUCAAGGGGAUGCUGUGGAGACGGAUCAGAGACCGGAAGGGAAAGGUCCAGGGCAAGUCGGAGGCCACAGUGGAACUUGCUGUAAAUGGUGACAGGGAGGCCCUGCCUGGCCCGACUGUCCUCCUGGACUUGGACAAUGAGAAAGACAUCUUGAUCCGCCCACUUCACAGCAGCCUUCUGGGAGAGAGAUAUUGCUUUGAGGUGUUGAGUGCUGGUGGACGGCGAUGCUUCAGGUGUGCUUCUGCUGCUGAGAGGAGUCGCUGGAUGGAAGACUGGCGCCGAGCUGUUCAGCCCAGUAUGGACAAUUGUGAACGGACCGAACGCAUGCUGAGUCUUUGGGUGUACGAAGCCCGCGACCUGUCUCCCAGGAAGCGUUAUUUCUGUGAACUGCAACUGGACGGGACCUUGUAUGCUCGCACUACCUCUAAACCAGCCAGCCCCACAGGCACUAUCUUCUGGGGAGAGCACUUUGACUUGAAGACUCUGCCCCCAGCCAUGGAACUGCAGAUCUGCUUGGUGCAGGAGGAGGAUGGACAGCAGCAGCAGCAGCAGAAGCAGCUGCUGCCCAAGGGGGGCACUCCCGUGGCCAUCCUGGCCCUCCUGCUAAAGGAGCUGGCUAAUGUCCGCCAGCCCCUGGAGAAGUGGUAUCCCUUGGGCAGGGACAAGCUGCACGCUCCCGCCCUCCGGCUACGAGGACGCUACUGCAACAUCCACGUGCUGCCCAUUGUCCGAUACAAAGAGUUUGCUGAGUAUCUCACCUUCCACUAUCGGGAGCUGUGUGCUGGAUUGGAGCCCAGCCUCAGUGCCAGGGACAAGGAGGAGCUGACCAGUGUCCUGGUGCGCGUGUUGCAAAGCACAGGCAAAGCCAAGGACUUUCUCAUUGACUUGGGAGUGGCAGAGCUGGACCGCUUUGAUGAGCGGGAAGCAUUGAUCUUCCGCGAGAACACCCUUGCCACCAAGGCCAUCGAUGAAUAUAUGAAGCUGGUAGGAGGGCCAUACCUCCUGGCCACACUGGGCGAGACCGUCGCUCGGCUGUGCCCUUCGGAGGACAGCUGCGAAGUGGAUCCCAGCAAAUGCGCACCGUGUGACCUAGAGAACAACCGCAGCAGCCUGCAGCGUCUCUGCGAAGAGGUCUUUCAAAAGAUUGCGGACUCCACCCUCUCCUUUCCAGCAGAGCUCAGUGAGGUCUUCGCUAAUUGGCAGGAGGCGUGCCGGUUGCGGGGCAAGGCCAAUAUUGGCCAGCGGCUCAUCUCGGCUUCCCUCUUCUUGCGCUUCCUCUGCCCGGCCAUCAUGUCCCCCAGCCUCUUUGGCCUCACCCAGGCAUUCCCAGAUGACACCACCUCCCGCACGCUCACCCUGGUGGCCAAAGUUAUCCAGAAUCUGGCCAACUUCACUACGUUUGGAGAGAAGGAGGCCUACAUGAGCUUCAUGAAUGAGUUUCUGGAGCGCAACUGGGGCACCAUGAAGUCAUUCCUCACCAGUGUCUCAAGCCCUGGCAGCGCCAUCCAUAUGGCUGCCUACGAGGACUCCAUUGACCUCGCCCUGGAACUGUCCAUCCUGCACUCCUUGCUGUGUAACAUUUUCUCUUCCCUGGAAGAGUGGACAAAGGAGAAACUGGAGCCUCUGCCCACCAUCCUCCGCGCCAUCCAAGAGGGAACGCCGGUACCUGUCUCUGUUCGACUUGAGCCAAACAUAGAGGAGAGGCAGACAGAAAACCAGAAGCCAGGAUUUGUGCCUCCCAGAGAGCUGGACAAACACAGCCCUCUCAUCAAGAGUCAGUCCAUGACCAGCAUUCAAAAGGGCCGAGGCAAGGAAGAGCCACUGGCCCCUUUGCACCCAGUCAAAACCAGGAGCAAAGUGCAUCGCACACAGAGCGUCCCAACACAGAGCAAGGCAGCCCGGCGUCUACAAAAGCAGAGGAGCACAGAACAUGUCAUGGACAGUAAGCCUGAACCAGGCACGUCCUUCCCAGAUGGGGGUGACAGCAGGGCUUCCCAGGGAUGUUCAAACCUCCGCCCGUUUGCAUCAUUGCCGCGGAAACCUACUGUGCCAUGGCUACGACACUCUGAGGAGGAGGCGGUGACACAGAGUGGCCUGUAUGCCAUGCAACCACUGGAACAGUACGGGAGGCAAAUGGAAGAGCUGCAGGCGGAGCUGACAACAACUAAGGAGAAGCAGACACUGUUUCAAGAAGAACUGGAGAAACUGAGGGCCCGGAAUCAAAUGCUCCUGGAAGAGCAGACCCGGUUUCAUGAGCAAGGAGAGAUGCUCUGCAAGAGGCUGGAGGAGGCAGAGAGCGGCCUUGUGCAGCUCAGCAGUAGAGUCUCUGGUGCAGAGGCCAGCUGGAAGAAGGAUCACGAGAAACUUCGCACCACCGAGGAGAAGGCCAAUCGUCUGGAGCGCCGCCUGUCUGGAAUGGAGAAGGACUAUGACCAACUUCUCCACGCUGUAAGCCACAUGCUGGGACGUCGAGAGAAGCCGUUCAGUUUACUGCAGCAUGAAUUCUCAGAGCCUGUGUGGGUAAAUAGGACUGAGAAUGGGGAGGAAGCCUAGUCAAGUUUUCUUUAAAUCUCCACAUGGAAAGCAGGGGCAUCUGUUCCGGGUCCUUGAGGAUCUUUACAGGCAGGAAAGCCACCACUGUUUUUGGAGAAGCCUCCAAUGAUGCACGGAGUCUUCCACCAUUCCUUAAGCUCUGCCUCUCCCCAGGGACUCUUCUGUGCACUGCUCUGAUGGGUCUUUCAAGGGCGAACGCCACCGGGCUCUCCCUGCCAUUCCCCUGUGCCUUAAUUACUCCUGUGCUACACAGCCAUUGCUGCUGCUUUCACCCCAGCUCUUCCUGAGACAGAGGGUGCAACCCCACUGGCCCUUUUGAUGUGGACUGGGGUGGUCUAAAUAAGGGUCAUUUGGGGUCGAAUGCCAUGGUGCAGUCCUUACAUCCAAAUAGCACACUGACCUCAAGAAACCCUAUUUCUGGUAUCAUGAAGUGGCUAAAUAAGUGAGCCUCUUCAGGAUAUUGGCAAAUUGAACACUUCCCCUGCUUCUCUUUUAAAAAAAAACCACAACCCAGUGCUCUGCAGAGGAGCAGAGGAAAUGAUUCCCCGUAAAUCAUUCCUGAUGUGUUGAAUCACUUAGAUUAAACUGAUUUUUUCCUUGCCUUAUAUGUAGUGCUGAUGAAGAAACUGUCCACAGCCAUGGUUUUAAUUGGCACUUCACACAAAGGCAAAGGAAAAAAAAUAUUUUUGAACAUUUACGUGGUUGUGUGCAUCAGUUAUGGCCUGGAACAGGCAAAAAAAAAAAAAAAAACAGCUGAGAGCAAGGUAAGUGUUCAAUGUGCUGAUAUCCUAUUUAUUAAACCACAAUAGCAGAAACAGAGUAGAAGGAGCCUGGGCAGCUUUGACAGCUGUACAACUUGAUUUUGGUCUGUUCCCAGCAAUUGCACAUACUGGAGACAGACCACACUAGAGGGCACCAAACUGCAUGGGG